AUGGCGGACGACCUGGACGAGCUGCUGGACGAGGUGGAGCACAAGUUCUGCCGCCUGUGGAGUGGGGACGGCUCGGAAGGGGACCGAGUCCAGGGGGCGAAAAACAGCUGGCUCCCUGACAGGAAGGCGCAGGCGGCGGAGGCGGGUGAGAGUGCCAGAGUUUCCAAAGGAUUAACAAAAGAUGCUAAUGAAGACGAGGACAUAGAUGAAAUCAUUAAAGAUAUAAUUGAUGACAAAACCUUUGCAAAAAAUCCUCUGAAACAGAUUUCUAAAUCAUCCAACCCUGCACCUGAAAAUAUUACCUCCAUUCAAGCUCAUGGUAAGAGAUGUUGCCCAGUGUACCUUGGUGGAAGCACUGCACCAUAUGGAAUUGGGACAAACGUUUCACAGAGAACAUGUGAUCGAUUACGUUGCACUGCAUGUGACUUCCAUGUCUCACAUUUCAAUGACUAUCAGUGGGAUAAAUCGUGCGAUUACUACUUUUUCAGGAAUAACAUGCCUGAAUUCAGCAAGCUGAGAACAAAGAUGCUAAAGAAGAAGGGAACACGAGCCUAUGCUUGUCAGUGCAAUUGGAAAUCUGUAGAUGAAUUAAUAGACCUCACUAUGGACCACCAGCUCCGUUGGGUUUGUAGCAAACACACAUAAUAACAUCACCUUGCUAGUUCAAAUGUCCAUUUCUUUACAAAGACCACCUGUCUGCUGGUCAGCAUCGAGUGUGAUGAAUUAAGAGUGUUUGGUGUGCAAUUAGAUCUUGCUAUUCCAGAUACAAACUUAGCACUUCACCUUGUCUGCAGUUCUCUUCUGAACUAACCCAACUGGGUGGAAUCAUAAGCCCAGAGACUUGGCAUUUGCCUGCCUAAUAGAGCUAAGCUGGCAGAAUGUAUUAGCACCAGGGACAAAAGCAGUGUUUAUAAGAGACCCUAUCCUCAAUUACUGUCUCCAGUAAUAUCCUCAAGUACUGUCUCCAGCAAGGAAGAUGAAGCUGGAAGGCGAAAGGAAACAACCUCUGCGGCCUAGAAUAUAUCCUGCAAGUCUAGAAGAGAAGAAUAUAUCAAGUGAAAUCUGCCCACAUUAAUUCUUUGGCUAGAACAGCAUUUCUGUUUUCAUAGUGCAUGAUCCAUUACCAUUAUCUUGAGACAUUAGGCAUUUGAUAUGUUCCAAAGAGGACUCUGAUGUUGAUGUCAAUGGUGUGUGGGGGCAUGUGGGGUGUGGAGAUCAUACAGCCUAACCUCUGUUUUCCCUGUAGAUGUGUAGUAAGUCCAUAGCGAUGUUAAUAUUAUUUUGUAGCAGUAUUAGCAGCAGUGGCCUUACGUGCAAGUCUGAAAUUACAGUCUGGGUAAGAGCAAGAAGCAUUACCAGGCCAGCAAUGGCAAGGAAAGUUGCCCUACAGCUCUGAACUUAAAAAAAAAAAAAGAUUCAAGUUGUAAAUCCUGUCCUUUGGUUGCAUUAUUAUAGUUGUUCAUCUGGAAGUAGCCCUCACUGAACAGAGCAGUGUUUGCUUUCAAGAACACAUCCAGAACAUUGAGCUAUACACUGUUUAGUCCCCUCUGCCUUAGAUGCUCCUUUCAAGAGCUUUUCUUGCAGGGCAGGGGAAGGCAACCUUGACUCACUAGCUGUUCUUGAACUACAACUCUCAUCUCAUCUUGGCUGGAGGGCCAAGGUUGCCAGCCUUGUUGUAGAAGCAAAUGCAAAGGAGCCCAAAUGCCUUUUGAUUGAUUGAUUUUUAAUUGAUUAUGUUCCUUUGUAGGUACAUAAUAUGGGGUGGAGAAAACAAGUACCAAUCACUGCUCAGCAUUUAAGCUAAAUUAUGGUCCCGACAACUGUUUUGUCUUAAAAGAAGUACCUCUUCACAUGUUGCUGUUGAAAUCUGUGUAUCAAAACAGAGGGUAUAACCAAGAUGAAACUGACUUCUUGCACCUCUCAAUUCAGUCUUAAAAAAAACAAUAACAGGAUCAUGACAGUUGAGUUAUUCUGAUUUAGGGUUUUUCCCCCCUGAAUGCUUAUAUAUACAUAUUAUUUCUCCCUCUAAUAUGUAGCAUUUAUUUAGGAAUGUAUGCCAGUAGAUUUUCCUGUCGCACUGGCUGUUUAAACAUGUAACUUAAACAAUUCUAGCACAUCAGUAGUCAAUGGUGUGAGUAAAGCAAAAGCAAAUUAGGAAAACAAUUAUUGCUCAUAACCACAUUGUGAUCUCAAACCCAUUGUAAUGUAUAUAUAAGUCCUAUUUAUUUCCGUUGUUUCCCGUCCUGUGUAAUCUGUUUAGUAUCAGAAUAUUAUAAGUUUUGAUAUACUUUCUUCAAACAAAAAUUUGAAAUCUGUUUGAAAUUGGAAUAUUCUCUCUAAUUUCUUGUAACAGUAGAAUCAUCAUUAAACACUAUAUUCUUUCAUUUGGA